CAGUUGCUAUUGAUUAAUAGACCAGUCAGCACGUGCUUUUGCCGAAUUCGUGACGAUAUAAAUUUGGUUUUUUUUCAUCCGUCCAUGCCAUGCGCGAUAAAAUAUCACAACUAUUUUGCUUGCAAAAAAACACAUGCAAGAAUAAUUCAGCAGAUAACAGAGGACAUAAUGUGCCAACCAAAGCAACGAGCAACGGGACAUUGUGUGCCAAUGGGACUGAGGGGCCCGAAGCGACAGAGACCGACUCAUCAGGGACCGGGCGGAUGCGGAAGCCGCUGGAGAGGAAUGGCUCAACGCAGAACGACACUGUUCACCUCGAGAGAAGGCUGGGCCUCUUCAGUGGGGUGGCUUUAAUUGUUGGAACUAUGAUAGGAUCUGGAAUAUUUGUGUCACCUUCUGGUUUACUGGUUCGCACCGGUUCCGUUGGAGUUAGCUUCAUAAUCUGGCUUGCCUGUGGUCUGCUCUCGUUGUUGGACGAAGAGCAAGCUGAUAACUUCGCCAGCCACCUGGAGGAACGGUUUACACCUUUCGAUCUGCCCUCCCCAGAAGAGCUCGAUGAAACAACCCGAGCGUUGGAGACACCGCUACAGAUGUCACCACCUAUCGGCGUGGAGGAGGUGAUCAACGUCGUCAAAGUCCUUCCCAGGGCUAAAGCACCGGGCCAUGAUGAAAUAUGCCACACUAUUCUGAAGGCCCUACCAAUGCGCGCGCUCCUUUUUAUAACGUUGAUCUUCAACGCCAUAUUAAGGACGCAACACUUCCCUGCCCAGUGGAA